UUAUUCAUAGCUCCACCACGAGCUACCUCACAGUUCCAUAAAUAUAUUAUUCUUUGUUUUUUCUCAGUCUCUUCAAAGAAAGCAGGGCUCCUGUUCUGACAAAGGUGUUCUGGAAUAUUUGCAUUGUUAUAUGAAUGGCCUCAUAGUCUUUUAACUAGACCACAGAAAAUAGAAAAUGUUCCAGAUAAUUUUCAUUUUCCACCUUUUUGCCUUUGAGGAUGGAGUGGAAAAUCUGCCUGCUACUUCAUCUGAAGAGCCCUGCUCAUCAGACCUCCUUACCCUGAGAGAUGCCCAGUGACAGAGCAGGAGGCAAUUGGCACAAACUGGAACACUGUAAGUUUCAUCUGAACAUGAAGAAAAACUUACAUACUGUGCAGUGACAGAGCACUGGCACUAAUUGCCCAGAGAGGCUGAGGUGUCUUCUUUGGAGAUCUUCAAACUUGCCAGGAUGUGAUCCUGGGCAUGGAGACGCUGACCUCCAAAGUAGAAAAUCUUUGCAUUCAGAUGUAUCACACCUGGAGAAACCUUCUAGGAAAACAGUGAGAAAUUAUGAAGCUUAAAAAAGGAAUGCAAAGGGAUGUCCGAACUCCCAGCCUACAGCUGCAGCUCCUACAAACAAAAGUUUAUUGCUUUCAAGAAAAUGAUGGCAGAAUUAUCAGCAUAAUUGCAAAGUGAGACAUAUCUACAUUUGCAUAGAAUCACAGAACCACGGAAUUAUGACAGAGACAAGAUAAAAUCAGGUGGUUAAAUGGCCUUCUGGCUUCAGGCACAGAGCAGUGUUUUGCCCUAGCAAGUGCCAUGCAGCCUGGCUCCUAUGCUAGCCUUGUGGAGAGCCAGGAACUGGACAAGGUGAUGAGAGGGCUUCCAAUUGUCACCCCUCUGCUGCUGGCAUUCUGCAAAUUGUGCAGGGCUUGCCUUGCUUUGCAACCCUGAGCCUGCUGCUGCAGGAGGACUGUGUUCAGCCAUGAGGACAGUGAGAGCCUUUGCCAAGAGCAGCCAUUGUACCACAAAGUUGCAUCGUCAGAGCUGUGUGCCAGGAAUGGGGGUUUGCGGAGGGCAGCAGAGCACUGACUGCCUGAAGGAGCAUGGAGCCAGCACAGGCACAGCUAUUCUGGGACCCCAUCACAUGGUCCCAGGAACAUUUGAAUAAACUACGACUGGCAGCACAGCCAGGAGCUUCCCCUCAAAAUAGACUGCGGCUGGGUAUCUCAAUACGGCUAGAAAGCACCCAGUCCAGCCAAGGAGAUAGGAGCACUGGUAUCCAGCAAAAAUGUCGGACAAAACCCCCUUUGAAACAGACAUGCUGACUCUCACACGGUUUGUCAUGGAGAAGGGACGACGAGUCAAGGGAGCCACCGGGGAGCUGACACAGCUGCUCAACUCCAUGCUGACUGCUAUAAAGGCCAUUUCAUCCGCAGUCAGAAAGGCAGGCCUUGCCCACAUGUUUGGCAUAGCAGGCACCGUGAAUGUGACUGGCGACGAGGUGAAGAAGCUGGACGUCCUGUCCAACUCCCUGGUGAUCAACAUGCUGCAGUCCUCCUACAGCACCUGCGUGCUGGUUACGGAGGAGAACGAGGAGGCCCUCAUCACCCCCAAGGAUAAGCGGGGUAAAUAUGUGGUGUGUUUUGACCCUCUGGAUGGCUCAUCCAAUAUAGACUGCUUGGCUCCCAUAGGAACAAUAUUCGCUAUCUACAAAAAAGAGACAGAUGAUGAGCCUUCUGAAAAAGAUGCUUUGCAGCCUGGGCGCAAUAUUGUGGCUGCAGGCUAUGCCCUGUAUGGCAGUGCUACGCUGGUAGCCCUCUCUACUGGUCAAGGAGUGGACUGCUUCAUGCUGGAUCCGGGUCUUGGAGAAUUUAUUCUGGUUGAUAGAGAUGUUAAAAUCAAGAAGAAAGGGAAGAUUUACAGUCUCAAUGAAGGUUAUGCAAAGUAUUUUGAUCCUGCAAUGACAGAAUACUUAAAAAGGAAGAAAUUCCCUGAGGAUGGAAGUUCCCCAUAUGGUGCUAGGUAUGUGGGCUCCAUGGUAGCUGAUGUUCACCGUACUCUGAUGUAUGGUGGGAUCUUCAUGUAUCCUGCCAGUCAGAAGAGUCCUAAAGGAAAGCUCCGACUUCUCUAUGAGUGCAACCCUAUGGCCUACAUCAUCGAGCAGGCAGGUGGGAUAGCAACUACAGGGACAGAGGCGGUGCUGGAUGUGAAACCUGAGGGCAUCCACCAGAGAGUUCCUCUCAUUCUUGGUUCUCCAGAUGACGUGCAUGAGUAUCUUGCUUGUGUACAGAAACACCAGAAGAGCAGCUAAAGGCUUUAUCACUUCAGACCUUGCUCGUUUGUCUUCAGUGCAUAGUAAAAAUAUUCCUUUCGAGCAUUUCAACAUCCACCUCUCAGUGAAUAUCCCACUAAAUGAGAGCAAGAGAAAUAGUGAGAAUGGCUGAUGGGAAGAGCAAAUACUUCAUUUCUCAAUGCAGACAAGUGUAAAAAUCCUUUCAUUUUGAUUUAUGCAAUGCAAACAUAGAAAUAGAAGCCUAAUUAAUAAACAGAAGCUACAUACUUUACAUAACAUUAACAAGAAGAAGGGAAUAGGGUCAGCACCCCCAUUUGAUCUGAAGCUAGACAUCUGACACCACAUGUUGGUAUUUUUUGAGACAUUAUUUUCAUACCAACAUUUACAAUAUCGCUAUCUGGAUUUUCUUCCAGAAAUUUUGUUUCAGAUGCUUUUUAUUUUGUCAGCUCACAGAAGACUGAAAGUCCUGUGCUGUUUGAAACAGUAUUUUCAAGCUCCAAAUGGUAUAUGUCAUGGGUAAUUAAUAAAGAUGAAAAAGUAGUGACACUGCUAAGGAAUGAUAGUUUUCAUAUGAAUGGGAAGAUGUCUGAUGUUAUGUACAGACAUGUAAACUUCAAUGGCACUUCAAUGGCACAAAUUAAAAUAAACCACUGCUGCAAAUGUGA